AUGGCCCUCGCCCCGCAGUUCGCCACGCACCGCAUCGCCGGCUCGCCCACCGCAGCCCACACCCUCGAGCUUUUCCUCGACAUCGUGUGCCCCUUCUCGCGCAAGCAGCUCCAAGGCGUGCGCGACCACCUCGUGCCCCUCAUCGACUCGCCCAAACUCGCCGACCACCUGUCGGUCAUUGUCCGCCAGGUCCCGCAGCCGUGGCACGCGUCCUCGACCCUCGUCCACGAGGCCGCCCUCGCCGCGUCAAAGGUCUUCGUCGACUCGUCGUCCUCUGCGACUUACUCGGACCCCGACGUCAAGCACGCGUGGAAGACCUACUUCUACGCCCUCAUCGACGGCCAAGACGCCUACUACGACGAGCCCUGCGCUACCGAGUCGCCCAACGACACACGCGCCCGCCUCGCCGACCUCGCCGCGUCUACUAUCGGCGUCGACCGCCAGCAGUUUCUCGACGCCAUCUCGGUCGGCAAGGGCAACGGCGGCACCCCCGUCACGGCUGACCUCAAGCUCCAGAUCAAGUUUGCCCGCGCUCGCGCUGUCCACGUCACGCCCACAGUCUUCCUCGACGGCCUCGCCGAGCCGAGCAUCUCGUCGUCCUUCUCUGGCGACGACUGGCGCCAGUUCGUCAACGACAAGGUCCUCCCCGCCGGCGCUCCCAAGCUUUGA